ACCUGUGAAGAGUCACAACACUGGCUGCCGUAAUUGGAGGCACCGAGGAUGGGCAGGAUGUGAGACUUGGUGGUGGGGCCCCUGCCUGGGCCCCUGCCUGAGUCACACACUGCCUCCUGCCUGAGCACAGAGAACCUCUAAGAUAAACCACAGGCCAGGACUGUGGAUUCGGAGCAGCUUCGCCCCAACAGCGACAGAUUCCCCACUGUCCCCAGCUGCUCCACCCCUGGAUCUCCAGAGUUGCCCCCUGUCCCCGGCUGCCAUGACUGACACGCCAGCAGAGGAAUCCCUCUUCCAAAUCAUCCACUGCUACCACCAGUACGCGGCCCGGGAAGGGGACGUGGAGACUCUGUCCCUGGAGGAGCUGAAGGCCCUGCUCAUGGACAAUGUCCCCCGCUUCAUGGAGAGCUUGGGCCGGAAGGAGCCGUACUACAUCACCGAGUUGUUCCGGGCAGCAGACAAGAACAAGGACAACCAGAUCUGCUUUGAUGAGUUCCUCUACAUCUUGGGCAAGCUAUUGAAGGACUACCACCUGCAGUACCACCAGCAGCUAUGCGCCCACUACUGCUCCCAGCACAGCCUCUACUAGAGGGAGCACAGGCAGCCUCCUGUGGAGCCUGUCCUGAGGAGCAGGUGUAACCUGACUACGGGCAGCUGAAUGGAGAGCUCUGCUGUGCGUGUCUGUGUGUGCCCACAUCUGUGCACGCGCAUGUACAUGUCUGUGGAAAGGACAGCUGUGAGGGAAGAGAAUAAAGCAACACCGUAGAUGUU